AUGAAUUAUUUGGGUCGUUUAAUUUCAAGUGCUCAUCAAUAUUACAAAAGUAUCAAUGUAGCUAAUUUAACUGGUGCUAUCGAUGUGAUAGUUGUAAAAAAUAAAGAUGGUGAAUAUCAUAGUACACCAUUUUAUGUACGUUUCGGGAAAAUGGGAGUAUUAUAUCCACGAUCACAUGUGGUUGAUGUAGUUAUAAAUGGACAGCCAAGACCAGAUAUAUGCAUGCAUGUUGAACCGACAGGUUAUGCUUAUUUCGAUAAUGAGGAAUGUAAAAUUCAAACAAACGAAACAGAUACAUUACUUAGAAGUAAUGAAGAAUUACAAACUUGGACAUUGAAUGAAAAUGAUCAUAGUGUUUGUAGUACUACAAAUGAUACAAAUACUGAACAAUUGGAAAAUGUUUUUGAAAUAGAUAUACAAGACAUUCACAAUUGUGACAAUUCCAUAUCUGUAAAUAAUUCAUCUGAAUUUAAAUCAAAACCUGAAAAACUUACAAACGAUAGUUUAUCAAGUAACACUGGCGAAUUGGAUAAGGCGAAUACAGAUAAACCUACUUUAAAAGAUUUAAUUAAAUAUCUUGAAAAUACAAAUCAUUGGCCAAAUGAAUUUUAUAUUUAUCGUCUUUUAAAAAAAUUUGACACAAUCAUCAUUAACAAUCAUGACAACGAUGACAACAACAACAACAACAACAACAACAAAAAAUUGAACAUUGACACUUCGAACAAUGAGACUACUUCACAAUUGAACUUGAAUUCACCUAAUCCACAAAAGCCGAAAUCAACUCGUUCAAAAUUUUUCAAACGAAAAUCAUCUGUAAAUUGUGAAUUGCUAUAUCCGGAAGAUUUUCUUAAACUUGAUACAACUAAAGUUUUAUUCAAUUCCAUUUGGAUUGUAUGGUCUGAUAAAUGUAUGUCAAGUGAAACAGCUGCUAUGUUAUUAUUGAGAAAUUUAUCUCAGACUGAAAAAAAUAUUCUAUUGGAAAAGGAUAAAUUACAUCCAGUCUAUAAUAUGAUACUUGAACAGCAUAAACGUGAUCGUGGCUCAGAAUCUCCAUUAACAUUUGAUUCAUCAUUUCCUGCUCCUCAAUAUGAUUAUCAUGAAUUAGACGUACAAACUCAUCGAUCAAAUCCAAGCAGUACUAGUAGUACUAAUAGUUGGUUAUGGUGGAGAAAACAACCACAAACUAAUAAUCCAAUCAGUCCAGUGAAUUCAGCAGAUUCAGAAUCAUCACCGGAUUUCCUUCAUCAUCAAGAUUUUUCAUUCAAUCGACAAUAUUCAUCUUCUUCUGCUGUGCAAUCUAUGUUAGCCCCAAUUGAUCUUGGUGUAUCUAGUCCAAUGUUAGUUCAAGAAGAAUUUGAUCAAGAGAAUGAUGAACAACGUAAAUAUCAAGGUACUUGUCAAUGUGCUUGUUUUAUUUACCUUUGGGAUUGGUCUGAUAAAAUUGUCAUAUCGGAUAUUGAUGGAACAAUCACGAAAUCUGAUUGGUUAGGUCAAUUAAUGCCAUUAGUCGGAAUGGAUUGGACACAUCAUCAUAUUGUUCAAUUAUAUAAUCGAAUAGCUAAUAAUGGUUAUAAAUUUAUUUAUUUAUCAUCACGUCCUAUUGGUCAAGCAAGAGCCACGAGAAAAUUUUUGCAUACAAUACAACAAGAUCAUUGUCGUCUACCCGAUGGUCCGAUACUUUUAUCACCAUUUUCUGUAUUGGAAGCAUUUCAUAAAGAAGUAAUUGCAAAACGAGCAGAUGAAUAUAAAAUUGAAUGUCUUCGUAAAGUAUGCAAUUUAUUUACUACUACUACUACUACUACCACUACUACUACUACUAAUACUACUGACAAUCAAUCCACUAAUCAUUGCCUAGACGAUAAAGAAUCAGACAAUAUUCCAUUUAUGGCUGGUUUUGGUAAUCGUCCAACAGAUAUAGUCACAUAUAAAUCUAUUGGUUUACAAGAUCAUCAAAUAUUUACCAUUGAUUAUUUAGGCAAUGUAAUAUGCGGUGAACCAAGUCGAGAGGAAAAACUCAAAGGCAACAAAACCGCCAACAUUGAUUCGAAUCAACAGUUAGCACUUGAUAAACGAACAAACAAAGUGCGGACGUCAUCCACUACCACUACUACUACUACUACUACUACGCCUGAUAAUGUGACAAUCAAUUCAGAGACCGCUGGCACAACAACAACAUCAUCAUCACCAUUGGAUACCAAUACUACCGCUACUACUACUACUACCAAUACUACUUAUAUGACUACUGAACCAAAUACCUCGACAGUAUACUCUAAUAGUGUAUUAGCUAAAUUGAAUUUAGAUUCAUUGUUACAAAUGGUCGAUGUGUACUUCCCGCAAAUGAAUGAUCGACUUGUAUAUGCUAAGAAUUAUUCAGAUUAUACAUAUUGGAGAAUGUGA